AUGAACAGCAGUCUGUCAGAACAGCAACAGCCACAACAGCAGAAGGAAGCUCCUGGUUUCUUUCAGGAAGCUUAUGAAGAUAUCACUUCUUCUUUUAAAGGCAGCCCCGUGAUGAUGGGUGCAACUGCCAUUGCAGCAGUUUGGGUUGUCAAGUCGCUCUUUUUCUCCAAGCGCGGACCUGGUGUUGGUGGUCGCGAGUUUUUCACUGGUGGGUUUGAGCCUAAGAUGAAUGCUAAAGAGGCUCUUCAGAUUUUGGGUCUUCGUGAGUCUACUCUCACCAAGUCUAAGCUUAAGGAUUCGCACCGCAGAAUCAUGCUGCUGAACCACCCGGAUAAGGGAGGUUCGCCAUUCCUUGCCACCAAGAUUAAUGAGGCCAAGGACUUUUUGGAGAAGAGAGGUGGACUGAAAUAA